ACUGGAUACCCACAUUGCAACUUAAAGAAAAGCAUCAUGGGAAAUGAUGGUCUCACUAACAAUGCCUGUGAGAGUUUUAUCUGCCAGACUGGAAAUUGCUCUCCUUCCGUAGACCACAGUGGAACUUGUGAGAUGUCCAUGAGCACAGAGCACACAGACACAAGGUCUGCUCAGUCUUAUGCCUCUUUCCCUCUGUGCGUGAACAAAACACACCCUCCAAACCACAUCAAAGAAGAAAAUUCUUGCGAAUUGUCUCACCAAUCAGAACCAUUCCACUGGAGUUGCUCCGUCAGAGAAGAUUUAAGGACACCGUUCCUUCCAGAUACAGCCUCAUUACACAAAAGAUUUAAGAACUCUCUGUCGGCAUACUUUUUAGGGUCCACAGAUAUCCCACUGCAGGGGUCACUGGCAUCUGGCACUUACACCUCUGCCUGUCUGCAGGCUGAAAGCUUAAGGAGACAGUUUUCUUCCUUAGAAGAAAUUGUUGGAAAUGGUAACUCAACUCAUACUUCCCUGUCACCAUGUGCAAAAAUCCAGCACCUGUCUCUCACUGGGAUUUCUGCUUACACAAAAAGAGGCCCUACCACUAGUCUCCCAAAUCUAUCUGAACCAGAAGGGAUCUACGGUUUACCUUCUCCUAUUUCGUGUCUACCAUCUGACCAUGAGGAACAAGAAAAUGAACUUUCAGAACAGGCUGAGACUCCUUGUGCAAAGAGAAACCCAAGCCUUUUCCUGAAUACAGCUUCCAUAGAUAGCAAGGAGUUCAGCAUUCUUAAACAAGAAACGAAGGAUGACUAUCAGGAACUGCACUCACCAUAUUCACUUCAACAACCCAGGUCCCCAAAGGCAGCACAAACUGACAAACAGAGUCAAAUUGUUUCACAAGAUGGGAGGCAGUUUUGUCGUUGGAUAGACUGCAGUGCUUUGUAUGACAAACAGGAAGAGCUAGUAAGGCACAUUGAAAAGAUGCACAUUGACCAGCGCACUGGAGAGGAUUUUACUUGUUUCUGGGCUGGUUGUGCACGGAGAUAUAAACCUUUCAAUGCUCGUUACAAAUUACUUAUUCACAUGAGGGUCCACUCUGGAGAAAAGCCAAACAAAUGUAUGUUUGAAGGAUGCAACAAAGCAUUUUCUAGGCUCGAAAACCUGAAGAUUCAUCUGCGGAGCCACACAGGGGAGAGGCCAUAUCUAUGCCAAUACCCAGGGUGCCAGAAAUCCUUCAGUAACUCCAGUGACAGAGCCAAGCACCAAAGAACCCACCAGGACACAAAACCAUACGCUUGCCAGAUUCAGGGGUGUUGCAAACGAUACACUGACCCAAGCUCACUCCGAAAACAUGUAAAAGCACAUACAACUCGGGAGCAGCAAUUGCACACUAAGCUGCUUUCCGCCUCUGAUCCAGGGAGGGAUACAAUCAGUGAUAAUGCUUGCCUGAAGGUGCCACAAGUGUUUGAUGGGAUAUUGGGUAGAAGCAUCAGACACAAGCUUCUGAAUGGCACUAGAUCACAGGAACUGCUCACAGAUUUACAUAGUAAUGGCAUACUCAGGCCUGGAUUAAUGUCCCAAGUGUCUCCAGUUCCCAAACAGUGUGCUCCACUGGAACACCGUAACACAUGCUUGUUGGCAAACAAGGAAGGGACUCAAGAAAGCAAAAUGUCAUCACUUAUCAUUCAACACCAUGCCAGCCACAUGAGAUCUCCAGCCCCCUUCAUAAUGUUGCAUAGAGGAUCCUCCCCCAACUCCCACAGCAAAUUACCUUCGGGGGAACAGUGUUCAACAGAAAAACCUUUCCCUCCCUUCCGCAGCUCAACUGGCACACACACACAAGGUUUCCAAAACACUAUGGUGCAGUAUUCAGAAUAUUUUAGGGAAGUGCAUUGCCAGAAUCCGAACCAGUAUAACAUGGGGAGCACGCAGUCAGCAGCUUAUGACAUGCAAGCUACACCUGUGCAUUCUCUAUCUGAUGCCAGCCCAAACUGUUCAGAAGAAAGUGAAUUUUUCCAAAAUGCCACCAUUGAUCACUGCUUAAGCCAGAUUUCUUACAUCUAUGCGGAUGCAUAGAUUCUUAUUGUUACAAGAGAAUUUUUCUGUAAACUGAAUGCAUUGAAGAUGCUUUUUAUAAGACAUUAUUAUUUUGCAAUAAACUGCUGCUUUCACAUUUUUUAAAUAUUAAUUUAGCAUAAAAGUUUAAUAUAAAUUAUGAAAAAGUAAAGAUUGUUUGUCAUUUUUAAGAGCUUUCUAAACUAUAAACCAUACUUUUACAGUAUUCAAUCUCUUUUAUCAAGAGCCUGUAACCUGUUAUUUAAAAAUCUUUGAAUUCUUGAAAAAAGCCAAUAAUAAAGACUUUUCCAGUUGUU